AUGGGUUUCAGAGUCUUUACUCUGUUUCUUCUAUUCUCUCUGUUUUGUCAAGUUUUGUUUUGUGAAGCUGAGUUCCAUAAUGUAAGUGGCAUAAGUGGAAAAAAGCUAAAUGGGUGCAAUUUGUUCAUAGGAAAUUGGGUUGUUGACCCUUCGUAUCCUUACUAUGACUCUUCAACUUGUCCCUUCAUUGAUCCUGAAUUUAAUUGUCAAAAGUAUGGAAGACCUGACAAACAAUACCUCAAAUUCUCUUGGAAACCUGAUUCAUGUUCCUUACUAAGGUUUGAUGGGGAAGAUUUUCUGAACAAGUGGAAGGGUAAGAAGAUAAUGUUUGUGGGUGACUCACUGAGUUUGAACAUGUGGGAAUCGCUGUCGUGUAUGAUUCAUGCGUCGGUGAAAAAUGCAAAGACAAGCUUUGUGAGGAGAGAAGCACUGUCUUCUGUGACAUUUCAGGACUAUGGAGUAACUAUCCAGCUAUACCGCACACCUUAUUUAGUGGACAUAAUACGAGAAAACGUUGGUCGAGUGCUUACAUUGGACUCCAUUGUCGCUGGAGAUUCAUGGAAAGGCAAUGACAUGUUAAUAUUCAACUCAUGGCAUUGGUGGACCCAUAAAGGAAAAUCACAAGGAUGGGAUUAUAUAAGAGAUGGACCUAAUCUGGUCACAAACAUGGACCGUUUAGAAGCUUACAAUAAAGGAUUGAACACUUGGGCUAGAUGGGUUGAUCUUAAUGUUGAUACUUCCAAAACCAAGGUCUUCUUUCAAGGCAUUUCCCCCACUCAUUAUAUGGGAAAGGAGUGGAAUCAACCAAAAAGAACUUGUAGUGGACAACUUGAACCAUUGGCAGGAUCAACAUAUCCAGCAGGUCUACCUCCACCAUGUAACAUAUUGAACAAUGUGUUAAAGAAUAUGAAAACUCAAGUUUAUCUUCUUGAUAUUACACUUCUGUCACAAUUGAGAAAAGAUGCACACCCUUCUUCCUAUAGUGGUGAUCAUGCAGGCAAUGAUUGUAGUCAUUGGUGCUUACCAGGAUUACCUGAUACUUGGAACCAGCUCUUAUAUGCAGCACUCUCCUAA